AUGGAUGCCAAGAACAAGGUGACUGAGUUUGUUUUAUUCAGCCUUUUCCACAGCAGGGAGAUGCAGUAUGCAUGCUUUGUGGUGUUCUCCCUCUUCCAUGUGCUCACUGUCCUGGGUAAUCUUCUGGUCAUCACCACCAUCAGUGCCAGCAAGACCCUGAAUUGUCCCAUGUAUUUCUUCCUCAGCCACCUGUCUUUGGCCGACAUGUGUUAUCCAUCUGCCACUACACCCAAGAUGAUUGCUGACACUUUUAUGGAGCGCAAAAUCAUCUCCUUCAAUGGCUGCAUGACCCAGCUCUUUUGUCACUCCUUUGGUACUGAGAUCUUCCUCCUCACAGCCCUGGCCUAUGACCAUUAUGUGGCCAUCUGUAGGCCCCUGCACUACGCACACAUCGUGGAUCGGCGGAAAUGUGGUUUGCUGGUGGGGGCCUCCUGGGUCGCUGGCUUCCUGCAUUCCCUUCUGCAGACCCUUCUCACAGUCCAGUUGCCCUUUUGUGGGCCCAAUGAGAUAGACAACUUCUUCUGUGAUGUUCAUCCCCUGCUGAAGUUGGCCUGUGCAGACACCUAUGUGGUGGGGCUCAUUGUGGUGGCCAACAGUGGCAUGAUCUCUUUAGUCUCCUUUCUCAUUCUUAUCAUUUCCUAUGUGGUCAUCUUACCGAACCUGAGACGCCGGUCAUCUGAGGGCCGGCGCAAGGCACUCUCGACAUGUGGCUCACACAUCAUCAUGGUCCUUUUGGUAUUCGUGCCCCCCAUGUUCAUGUACAUUCGUCCCUCCACCACCCUGGCUGCAGACAAACUUGUCAUCCUCUUUAACAUUGUGAUGCCCCCUUUGCUCAACCCUCUCAUCUAUACAUUAAGGAACAAUGAGGUGAAAACUGCCAUGAGGAAGCUGUUUAUGAUCAAGGGAAGUUUAGGAGAGAAGUGA